CAACGCCGCCAUUGACGAACUCGCAAAGCGCCUACGAGAAGGCGUUUUGAGAAGUGAUGGGGUGAAAAUGAUACCAUCAGUUGUACGACUGGGGGCGGAGAAUGCAAUCAACGUCAGCGUCAAAGACAUAUCUUUGGACCAAUUGGUGACAGAGCGGUUAUCUAAGUCGUCUAAUAGCUCGACUCAGGCAGGAACAGAGGUCGUGGGCCUCAGAAGCGAGUUGGCACGAGUCAAGGAACUGCGACAAACGAAACAGGCGGAACUACAAGCCUCUCAGGGUAACACCCAACGCCUUUUACAGAUAGAGCAGGAACUGAGAGAAUUGACAUCCAAGCGAAUCGAACUCUCAACCAAGUUGACCGCUGCUACCGACAAGAGUAAAGAUGCAGCGCGGGCUGUUGAUUCAGCCAAGAGAAAAGCACGACUAGAUAUUUUGAACGAGGCGGAUAUCAUCUGCUGUACACUUUCAGGAGCAGGUCAUGAUAUUAUCGAACAGUUUGAGUUCGACCUGAUAGUUAUCGACGAAGCCGCCCAAGCAAUUGAACUCAGCUCUCUUAUUCCGCUCAAAUUCUCCUCGAAACGCUGUAUUAUGCAACUUCCACCCACGCCUAUUCGUGAGACUACAGAAAAUGCUGCCACAUCGAGUGCAUCUUUUGAGCUAGAAGAUGGACCUGAUAUGGCUAAAAAGACUAUGGAGCCGUGGCAUAAAGUCAACACCCUUGGCAUUUAUAAGUUCUUUAAUGUACAAGGAACUGAAGAACAGGCGGAUCAAGGCCACUCUCAAUACAAUACGGCCGAAGUUAACGCUGCUAUUCAACUCUAUGAUAGGCUGCAUCAAGAAUGUCCGAAAGUCAACUUCAACCUCCGAAUUGGCAUAAUUUCCAUGUAUCGGGCUCAACUGAUGAAACUGAGACAGGCAUUUUCGACUCG